AUGGCAGAUGUAGCCGAAACUUCAGAGAUUGGGCUGCCUACUGAUAGCAGGGAAGCUGCUGUUGUAGAGGAAGAGAAAGACUUAGACCAAACGAAAUCCGAUGAUGCAGGUGAACACAAAAACGGUGAUGUAUGUGCACCAGGCACUGAACCAGCACCUGAACCAGAGGCAGGGCCAAGGCCAGAAGCAGAUAAUUCCCCAAAACAUCCCCCGUUGGCCAUAAUUGAGGGCAAGGUCAGCGACUCAUCAGGCGAAGAAGCUGUCCCAAUCGAUUUUGUUACGAUGGGCAUGUUUAUAAUUGACGAUAUCGACUUCAUUCCGCCAACUCCGCCUGUCAAAGACAUCCUUGGUGGUGCUGGCACCUACUCAGCCCUUGGGGCUCGCCUGUUCUCCCCCCCACCCAAAUCUGCUUCGGUUGGCUGGAUUGUCGAUCAGGGCUCGGAUUUCCCGCCCUCUCUCUCUACGCUCAUCGAUAGCUGGUCCACCUCGGCUCUGUUCCGUCAUGACGGGCUUCGUUUGACCACGCGAGGUUGGAACGGCUAUGAAGGCACUACCGAGAAGCGAGCUUUCAAAUACCUGACUCCCAAGAAACGGUUGACUGCUCAGGAUCUGACACCACCGCUGCUUAAAUCACGGUCGUUCCACCUGAUAUGCUCGCCAAAUCGAUGUAGGGAUCUUGUCUCCGAGAUCACCUCACUUCGAAAGAAGGUCGUGCCCCUUGAGACAUAUACCAAACCCAUCUUCAUCUGGGAGCCUGUGCCUGAUCUGUGUACCCCUGACGAGUUGCUCAAUUGCACCAACUGCUUACCUCUUGUCGAUAUCUGCAGCCCGAACCAUGCAGAAUUGGCUGGGUUCAUGGGUGACGGUGGACUUGAUCCAGAAACAGGUGAGAUCUCUACCAUUGCUGUAGAAAGAGCCUGCGAGCAGCUUCUUGCAAGCAUGCCUCUGCAGUCAUUCUCUCUUGUUAUCCGAGCUGGCGAGAAGGGAUGCUACAUCGCCAAGAAUGGAGGAAGAAAGCGAGGCCGUGACCCCAAGGCGACCAAGCGACGAAAGAAAGAUUAUGUUAGGGGUGGCCUUCAGCCAGACACGGAUAUGGAGGCUUUGUUUGCCGGCCUUCUCCAAGAUGCCGAUGGUAUUGUGGCUCGCGAAGAGAUCGAGGUCGAUCCUGGUGUCGAGAAAUGGGUUCCCGCCUAUCACACCGAUCCAUCCAAGGUUAUUGAUCCUACGGGAGGUGGGAAUACCUUCUUAGGCGGCCUCGGUGUGGCUCUGGCCCGAGGCGAGAGUCUUGAGGACGCUGUAGCCUGUGCCACUGUUGCCGCAAGCUUCGCCAUUGAGCAGGUCGGUGUUCCAACGAUUGGUAGAGAUGCCGAAGGCCGCGAGGCUUGGAAUGGACAUAAUGUUGAGGACCGUCUCCGCGAAUUUCGCAAACGUCUAUGA